AUGACCGAAGAUUUAAAGGGGUUUUUUUAAGAAUUCUUAGACGAAAGAUUUAAAUAAAUAGACUUAAAGAUAUAAGACUUAUAAAAAUAGCUCUUCGAAAAUAUAAGAGAAUAAGAAAUCAGCUUGAUUGAUCAAAUAGCUAAAGUAUUAAAGAAUUAAUAGGACUUAUAAAGGGAAUUCGACUCCCUACUAAAAGAAAUUAAAGUAGCAUAAAUCUAAGCUGAUGAAAUAAUCAAGAAUUUUUCAUUAGAAAUUCCCAAACCUUAAUAACAAUAAUGUCUCCCUAUUUAGUAAGAUUUUCAAUAACAUCUCUUCAAUCUGUAUUCACCAACCAUCGAUCUGAGCGACUAAAAAAAAUGCAUUAGUUUCAAUGAUUAUUCUCAUCAGCAAUCAAAUAUUCUUAAAUAAAAUAAAGAAACACAAUAAUUUACUAAUCCUUUGGUAUCAAAAUUUGAUUAAGGUCAAAAAACAGUUUAUAUAACUAAAACGGGAGUUAAAUACCAUAAUUCAUUUUGUAAAAGUCUAUAAGGUUCGAAAAUUCCUACGACCUUAAAUGUGGCAAUAAAACAAGGAUUUUCUGCCUGUAAAUUAUGCUGA